AUGAGUUCAAGUUGCAUAUUCACAGGUUCUUCAUUUAGGCAUUUGAGUCAGUUGUCACUAUGGAAUGGAGCCUGUCAUUUGCACCCGGAAACUGAUGACGCAUGUCUAAGAACAAAAGACAUUGUGAAACAGACUCUGCAACAGAUUGGUACUAAAUUUUUCCCACCACAAUAUGAGGAAAAUGUACCACGCGUUGUAGGCUGUAGCCACAUUUUGCAGAUCUGUCCUGGCAAAUCGUUAAAUGGGACGCAACUCGCACCAACAGAGCGGUCUUGCUCGACUUGCUCAACAGUGUGGAGUACUUUCCUGAAAAUUGUUCAAACCCCAAUUCAAAAGCUGAAUGAGAAUGCAGCCAGUUUUUUUUGCAAAAAGCAGGAUGACAUCUGCAAACAAUCGUUUUCUGUUGUUAUAUCUCUAAUGGGACCAUUAAACGAUAUCUUCAAAGACCCGAGUCUCAUCAACGAAGUUUGCGAAACAAAGAUGGAAUGUGUCAAGUGA